UACGAGUACAGGUGUCGUUACCGUAGCAGCGGUGAGGUAUGAUAGAGAGCUAGGUGGAGCAUGGAGGUUUUUUCUUUUCCUACCUCCGUGGUUUCCCGUGCUGCCUAUCCUUCUUAGCUGUCACCAGUCUGCUCUGCUAAGAUGCCAACUGUCAUUGGUUUUGAGGGAAGCGCCAAUAAGCUUGGCAUUGGAAUCGUUAGAGAUGGAGUAGUGUUAUCUAACCCAAGACACACCUACAUCACACCACCAGGCCAUGGAUUCAUGCCAAGAGAGACUGCCAAGCAUCACCAGGCUCAUGCCAUCGAAAUUCUGAAGAAAUGCAUGGAGGAGGCUGGACUGAAACCAGACGAUAUUGAUUGCGUUUGCUACACCAAAGGGCCAGGAAUGGCAGCCCCUCUGAUAUCUACCGCCGUUGUGGCGAGGACUAUUGCUCAGCUGUGGGAUGUUCCUAUCAUUGGAGUCAACCACUGCAUCGGGCACAUAGAAAUGGGAAGGCUUGUAACUGGUUCCCACAACCCGACUGUGUUGUAUGUUAGUGGGGGAAACACACAGGUCAUUGCCUAUUCACAGCACAGGUAUCGUAUCUUUGGUGAAACCAUUGACAUCGCUGUGGGGAACUGUCUAGAUAGAUUUGCAAGAAUACUCAAGUUAUCAAAUGACCCAAGUCCAGGAUACAACAUCGAACAAAUGGCUAAGAAGGGAAAGGUGUACAUUGAGUUACCCUACACGGUCAAGGGCAUGGACGUCUCCUUCUCUGGUAUCCUCUCCUACAUCGAGAACGUGGCUCACAAAAAGUUGACGGCAGGAGAAUGUACACCAGAAGACCUUUGCUUCUCCUUACAGGAGACAUUGUUUGCCAUGCUUGUAGAGAUAACAGAGAGAGCCAUGGCGCAUUGCAACUCCAACGAGGUACUCAUUGUCGGAGGUGUUGGCUGCAACGAGAGAUUGCAGCAGAUGAUGAGGGACAUGGCCGUGGAGAGAGGAGCAGUGGUGUGUGCGACAGAUGAGAGGUACUGUAUUGAUAAUGGAGCCAUGAUAGCCCAAGCUGGAUGGGAAAUGUAUCACUCAGGAUAUAGGACUCCUCUUGAGGAAACAUGGUGUACUCAGAGAUACCGAACUGAUGAAGUUGAAAUCACGUGGAGAAAAUAACAGUCAACAUGUAGCCAAUGGUAAGAGGGCUGCCUGUGUUUGUUGGCCUCCCCCCCAGGCAGAGUCAUGAGGCGCUGUUUGUUCAAGACUUUCUGACAGUUUGUGGGAAAAGCAUCAAACUCACAAGGUGAGGUUUGAAGCCGUGACAACCUGCUGAGAUUGGUGUCACCGUUAACAGGUGUGAUGGAGGAUUGUUACAGCCUAAACCAAUGAGACAGCGGGCAGAAAGACAGCGCUCAGCUGGCUACUGACCUGUGACUGGAGGCAGCUAGGAAGAACUGGCUGCUUGGAGAUGAAAAUAAGCAAAGAAAAACCCUAGCAACACAUCAGAAGAUUCAAUGCACUGUGAACAGGUCAAUUAAGGUGGAGUUAAGAAGAUUCAGUGCACUGUGAACAGGUGAAUUAAGGUGGAGUUAAGAAUAAUAUCUGUUGAACUUUGAAAAAAGUGGGCUGUGUUGUAAUUACAUGGCUAUGCAACCAGAAUCGUUAGAGGGUGCCCUCGGGAGACCACACUGUUAGGUAUUAUAAAUUAAUACGAGUAGAAGAUUACUUGAAUUCAAUCAUGUUUGGCAAAAAUCAGAAAAAAACAGACACAGCUGUGACCACUUUGUUGUAUUUUUUCCUGUACAAUUCAUUGCAUUGAGAUAAUUUUAUUACUCUUACAUUAAAAGUUGAUCCAUCACAGUUUCCAAGUGGCCCAAACUUGGAAACUGUGAUAUUUGGGGCAUUUUGGCAAGGAAAAGAGGCUUAGAACCUAGGAGAAUAGGUUUGAAUGAAAUGCGCUCAACUUUCUGGUGUUUAUGACUUUUCAUAGUAAGCUUCUUGCAAGUUAAAUUUGAAUAAAAUCUGGUGCAGUGUGUUUUUCAAAUUCAGUGAACUUUCUUUGAAUUCUCCAUA